AUGAUGGACACUGAGGAUGGGCAGUUCUUCAUAAAGAACCUCUCCCAUUUUGUGCGCACACACGAGAAAGCUCUCGCGAAUGCCCUUCAACUGCGGCGUCAACAAGCUCCUAAAAAUGGCUCUUCCUCAAAUGUGUCGUCAGUUGGAAGUUCUGGAACGCCAGAAUCACCUACCUCUUCGAAUCAACCAGCGGCUGCUUCUUCCUCCUCAACCUCGAGCACUCUCGCAGCGGCACUUUCCCUCCCAUACUUGACCUUCGCGUCUCACAAUAUCAAGCCUGCAAAACUUGCCUUAACCCCUCAUCACCUCUUCUACCUCCUCUCCCGAUUUGAAGAUCUUAGUAUUGCUGUUGGACCUAUGAAUGUUCGUUUAGAGAAUCUACACGCGGAUACUACAGCAGCAAACUAUGUCUCCUUUUUGGGCCAAUCUCAGCGACCUAAGGGGCGCGGAUCGGAUAAUGGAUCCAUUCAUUCUGUGUCUAGUGUGAGAAGUGUCAUGUCGGGUAUGUCUAGUCUUUGGUCAAAUUUCGGCCUUGGAUCCGGACCAUCGGCCGCAAAGACAGAGAAGCAGAAAGCUGCCAUCGAAGCGGACCUGAAGUAUCUGUACUCGGCCUUUACGAAAAUACCCUGCCUUAGACUAACACCAGAUCGACGAGCGAGACUUAUAGAAGGCUACGAAGAGUUCCCAUUCGACUCUGCGGUUCCUCUCUACGCGUUCAAGAAUCUUAGUGCUUUGGAGAUCAGUGAUAUCGACUUCCGACAAUUCUUUGGCUGGGAUCGACUUGCAGAACAGCUCAGAUCUCUGACAGUCAAGCGUGCAGGAAUCGAUGAUCCCGCUGACAUCCUCAUAAAUAUUGUGCUUGAUGAUACAGACAAGCGACGGCGUCGUUCCUCAAAAGCCCAGAUGUCUCCAACGACCACCUGGGCUACAUCCUCGAGCCCGAAGAGAAGCCCAACCAUACCGCAUGCAGAACUGGUAAAGUCCAACUCGGCUCCUGGUUCGCCAGACCAGCGUGUCCAUAUCGGCGAAGAGGAUGACUCGCGCACCGCUUCUUUGAAGCGAGCAGGUUCGGAUGGUGCAAAGUCUCCUACUAAGUCGAGACCGAGGAGUAAUUCUCCGGUUCGACCGACGAGCUCACGAACUGGCUCUGCAUAUGGCCAUUUGAGGGGGUCGCAUAAGGUUAAAAGGUCUGGGUCAGGAAGUUCACAUUCGAGCGCAUCGGAUGGCUGGCACAAUCCACGCAGCAGCUCGUCGAAUUUGCUUUCAAUGGGCAUCUUGCCGUCCUCAAAAUGGAGAUUUCUCAAACAUCUCAGUCUUGCUGAUAAUGGUCUUACCUCGAUAUCCGCGGAAGGGUUAGCCCCGUUGGCCAAUACUCUUCAUUCCUUAGAUCUAUCUUCGAAUCUGUUCCAGCAGAUACCUGAUUGUCUGGCAUCCUUAACGGCACUACGAGCUCUCAACCUUUCGAACUGUAUGAUCAACUCGCUCCACUCCUUGACCAGAAACCCCCUUCCUGCUAUUUCGGCCCUCAAUUUGAGAUCGAAUCGACUUAUAUCUAUCGCCGGUAUUGAAAGGCUAUAUCCCCUAGAGAGACUCGAUUUGCGAGAUAAUAAGAUGACGGAUCCUACAGAGCUUGCGAGAUUGACGGGCAUUCCUGAUCUUCGAGAAAUCUGGGUCUCGGGCAAUCCCUUUGUCAAAACGCACAGCAAUUAUCGAAUCACGAUCUUCAACCUUUUCAGGAAAACUCCUGGUUAUACCGAAGACAUCCUCAUCGAUACAUAUGGACCUGGUUAUAGUGAAAGGCGGCAAUUGGUAGACAGAGUCGCUGAGAAGGCGAACGUUCCUGUCGUUAAGCCAAUCCCAGAUUAUGGCAUAUCGUCAGUGGAUGUAAACAAGCCCAUCAUUAACUACCCACCUGCUCUUGCGCCUGCAGUACUUCGCAAGGAACGACCCCAACCGGCCCCUGCUACGAGUGAAGUGUAUUCAAAUUCUUCUGGUAGACGUAGACGAACACCGAAGCGGAGGAUCGUGGAUCUUUCCACAUCCGAGACCUCUCCCAGUAAACAAGCCCGCCCUGUCCACCUUUCAGUAGAGGAAGCUGCUGAGAAUGCUGUAGGAUUAGGGGCUGCGUAUAAUAUGAGUCCAGACCCUUCACCUCGGACAGUGCCUUUGUAUGUUCAAUCCGAGCAUCAACAACCCCAAGUUCAGGCCCAGGUCCCACGAAUAGACUCUACUGCUGUGCCUCGAUUGCCUCCUAUACAAACAGUUCCCUAUGAAUCGCCACUUAUCAAAACGCAACCUGGCAAGGAAUCCCAAGACUGGAAGAUUAGUGGCGAGCUAUAUAGACAGAAGUUAGAAGCGUUGCGGAACGAAGUCGGCAAUGGAUGGCUCAGCGUGCUGAGCGAAGAAGGAUGGGAAGCACAAAAGAACGCCCAAGGACAGGGCUUUACAGCGGCGGACUUCAGCCCGAUGAGGCCAAGUCCAACACCUCGAGCCAGCAGUCAACAAACAAUACAUAGCGGUCGAACGUUGGGAUGA